AUGGCAGUUAUAGCCGAACUUGAGAACGAAGAUGCUCUACAACAGAUAUUUCGAAAUACAAAAAAAUUGUCGGGCUCUGAUAUCUCUAUUGAACGUGAUAUGAUACCAAACAAGCAACAGCACAAAAAGACUUUUCUUAUUCUUCGAAAACAAAUUUUAGCGGUUAGCAAACAGCAUAAAGUUGUUGUGAUUUUAAUGUCCGAAUCGGAGAAACAAACCAGAAUAUCGGAGAAAUAUAUAAAAGUAGCUUUUGCUCAGGAUAUGAUUGCAGAAAAUCAAGAGAUAAAAACUGUAAAUCAAAAAGGUGUUAAAUUUAUACAACUAUGUGAUAAUUAUAACAUGCUUAUUUUGAAUGGAAUAACGAAGGGUGAUGAGGAUGGAAAAUUGACAUACAUUACGACAUUGGGUGAGUCAGUAAACGACAUAUGCGCGGUAUCUAAGGAAAUUUUGGGAAAGAUUGAAGAGUUCAGAGUGGAAGAUAAAGUAUGGUCAGAUCAUUUCCCUAUCCUGACGAAAAUAAAUAUUGAACCCACUUCACGAACGGGGGAAAAGAUGUCUCUAUUGCCAAAAUUGAUAUGGAAAGAUGAAGAAAAGGAUAAUUAUCAAAGAAAGAUAAAUGAAAGUAUACGUAAUAUCGCUGGUAUAAAUCACAUCAACCUCAACGAUAUUAACCAAAUAAUAGUGAAAUCCGCUUCAAAAUUGAUUAAUCACAAAAAGCCUUUUGAGCCGAAAAAUAAAUGGUACAACAAAAACUGUAAUAAUGCAAGAAUGAAAAGUUUUAAGCUCUUAAAGGUGUACAGGACAACAAGGAAUUUGGAAGACAAGAGACGAUAUAUAUUCGCACAAAAAGAGUACAAAACUGUAUGCAGUACCAAUAAAUCCGUGUAUUACAAUACAAUAGCCAACAAAUUAAAUAACAUCAAAAACUCCAAAGAAUGGUGGAAAAUGGCGAAAGAAAUUCGUAACCAAUGUAACCUCGUGGGCUCAAAUAUUACCCCAGAUGCCUUUAAAUCCUACUAUGAAAACUUAUUAAAUAAAUCUCAAGAGACCACUCUUAUUCACUAUGCUCCCCCUUAUAAAAAUGAUAUGGAUCUCGAUAGGCACUUUACGAUGUCGGAACUGCAGAAAAUGCUAGUGAAAGUUAAAAGAAAUAAGGCACCCGGCGAGGAUAGGAUACCAUAUGAGUUCUUCAUAAACGGCACCGAAGAGUUUAAUAGUCUGCUGUUAAGAAUAUACAAUACCAUUUAUUCGAGUGGGGAAAUUGAUCCUGUAUUCACAAAAACUAUUAUUUACCCAAUUCAUAAGAAAGGUGAUCUAAACGAGCCGUCAAACUACAGGGGCAUUUCAUUUAUGAAUUGUGUGGCGAAAAUACCAAGCUGGAUUCCGGAAAAAUUAUUCAACGGUUGA